AUGGUUGCCGAUGCUCCACCGAAAGUGUCGAUCGUUGGCCUAACAAAUAAAGAGGCUGCCUUUUUUACAAUUGUUGGACUCGGAUCUUUUCUGCAUGGGUUCGGUGUCAAUCCUGCAGAUUAUCCUAAAUGGAAUAGAGAGAAACUGAUUAGCGAACUGAAGAAAUUCAUCCAAUCGGUUUACGUAGGAGAUCAUCAGGAAGAAGUGAUUCGUGAGGUUAUUGCAUAUUAUGUGGACAGAGAGGAAGAACAACGCUAUGAGUUCUACCUCGACCGGUACACGGAGUUCCUUAGCGAUGUGUUAUUCAAUGUGGCAGCUGUUGACGGUAUCCUGGCUCGUCGCGCUGCUGGUUGGACCAUGUACGCCUACUCUUUUGAGUACUAUAACGAUAGAAUGUAUGACAAGAACGUUCCGAUAAGGAUGAGAGGCUCACCGCAUGGAGGCGAAGCCCCUUACACAAACGGCGUAUCAUUUUCGAAGCUAACCGAUUUUAACGAUGAGGAACGGUUGGUCGCGGAUGUUCUUCGGCAAUCCUUUAUCGAGUUCGUCAAAACCGGAGCGCCUAACAAUAGCCAUGAAGUUUGGUUAGAUGUUGGCACGGAGGGAAGUCUUCGCUAUUUGAAAAUCGCACCAGCUCCGCAGAUGACUCAGGGGUUUCACAACGGGUCUGCUUCGUUCUGGCAUAAAGUACGUGAGUACGGGUUCGACGUGAUCCAACAACUGCCGGCAACGAACUCAACGUUAGGAGCGAAAAAGGGGAUAUAG